AUGCGAAACAUUCCGUUGCUCGAAAGAGCGGGGCUUGGGGCGCUGGCAGGGGGCUUAGCGGGGGGGUUUACAAAUGCGACUUUGCAUCCGCUUGACACCGUGAAGACGAAGCUGCAAACAAAGGGAGGGACUGCGCUGUAUACAGGCGCGUGGGAUGUUGUUCGAAAGGUCCUCGCCAAGCAGGGCAUCCGCGGCUUUUACCGAGGCCUCCCUGCCGCCGUCGUCGGCUCUAUCCCCUCCUCCGCCGUUUACUUCGGCACGUACGAGCUCGGCAAGGAGCUCCUCCUGCGACUUCCCGCCUUCGCCAACAAUCGACUCGCCGUCCCCCCUUUUGCGGCAGCGGUCGGAAACAUCGCCUCCUCUGCGAUCCUGGUCCCGAAGGAGUUGGUCAAGCAACGCCUGCAGGCAGGAGUGGCGGGGACAGCCGGGGGGGUCCUCGCAAGCAUCGUACGGGAGGAGGGGGUGAAGGGUCUCUACCGCGGAUACUCGGCGGCGCUGCUCCGAAACGUGCCGUCCAACGUCAUCAGCUUCUCGACGUUUGAGUACCUGAAGGCCGGUUGGCUGGCCGGUUCGGGCGACGCCGAGCUGCAACCGUGGCAGAGCCUGCUCUCCGGGGCGGUCGCCGGGAUGCUCUCGGCAGCGGCCACGACCCCCCUCGACGUGGUCAAAACGCGUCUCAUGACGGAGGCUCGGCAGGCGGUUUCGCGCACGGGGGCCACUGGGAAAGUCGCGGAGGCAGUCGCGAAAGCGCAGUUCGUUUCGGCGUUCACGCCGUCGGGAGUCGUGUCGACAUUACGACAGAUAUCAGCGGAAGAAGGGUUUAAGGGUUUGGUGCGGGGCGCGGGGCCGAGGAUUGUGUACGGGGGCUGCUUCAGCGCAAUGGGGUUCUUGUCGUUUGAGACGGCAAAGCACAUUUUGUUGGAGCGGUAUUUGCGGAAGAAAGAAAGGGAGGGGCUUGAACGGGGAGAGCAGUCUCUAGGGGACGACUUAGUCGAAACGAGUGGACAACUGCCGUUGGAUGCGACGAUAGGGGAUGCUAGCGCUCCGCGGCAAGAUCUGCUCACCCAGGAUAGAAUAGGGGCUACCAAAGUUGCACCAACUUUGAGCAGGCCACAAUUGACCAAUUCUGAUCAGAGUAGAGACAGAAGUAGUUGACUGGACAACUGUGAAUGGACGAGAAAGGCCUUAUUGUUUUUGGAGAAUAGGUCGAGCGUUUCUUGUGACGUGGGAUGCUUUCUUUGCGAUACUGGAAUGUCUUUUGUGAGGAAUGCAAUCCUUCUUUUGAAAAGAUGGAAAUGAUAAGGAGCACUUCAAAGGACCGCAUUGCUUGAGGUGAACUUGUUUCCUAAGGGGCGCUGGAAAGCCAAUGGCUGAACGAAG